UCUUCACAGUUAAAACAAAAGCACCAGCUGGAAGAGUGUCUUUGGAGAACAUUUCAGGACUCAUCAACUGGUUGAAAAGAAGGUCUUGUUGAUACCUGCUCCCCAGAGCCUCUUGAAAGAAGAUGGCUGGUCUUCAGGACAACACUCUGAGGAUUGUUCUGGUGGGGAAAACCGGAAGUGGAAAAAGUGCAACAGCAAACACCAUCCUUGGGAGAAAGGAAUUUGAUUCUAGAAUUGCUGCCCAUGCUGUUACCAAGACCUGUCAGAAAGCAGAGCGACAAUUCAAGGAGAAGAAACUUCUUGUCGUGGACACGCCAGGGCUCUUUGAUACUGAGGACAAACUGAUGUACACCUGUGUGGAAAUCAGCAGGUGUGUCAUCCAGUCUAAACCGGGACCCCACGCCAUCAUCCUGGUUCUACAGCUGGGCCGCCACACAGAGGAGGAGCAGAAAACAGUUGUAUUGAUCAAGUCCAUCUUUGGGAAGUCAGCCAUGAAACACAUGAUCGUCUUGUUCACUCGCAAAGAUGAAUUGGGUGAUCAGACACUGAAUGGCUUUUUAAAGGGGGCAGGAACCCUGCAAAACAUCAUCCAGGAGUGUGGGGACCGCUGCCUUGCCUUCAAUAACAAAGAGAGUAUAGAGAAGGCUGAGAAGGAUGCUCAAGUGCAGGAGCUGGUGGAUCUGAUAGAGGAAAUGGUGCGGGAGAACGGAGGGUCUCACUUUUCUGCUCCCAUCUACAAGGACGUAAUGGAGAAGCUGCUGCAUGAGAUAGAGGCCUUGAAGAUAAUCUAUGAAAGUGAAUUAGAAGAAGAAACUAAAUCAGUUAAAGAGAAAUGUGCUCAGGGAAAAAUAUCAAGGCAAGACAUGGAGAAGAAAAUAUCAUUCCUAUCAGAGACCCAUACGAGAAAAAUAAAAAAUAUUAGGGAAGAAGCUGAAAGGAAUAUAUUUCAAGAGGUUGUAAAAACAGUUUGGGAUGCACUUUCAAGCAUAUGGAAUGUGUUUUGGAAAUAA